GAACUAAAAACUGUCAAAAUAUCGCUAUCUUUUUUAAUAAUGUAAACAACUUAUUUUUUAUAUUAUUAUUAAAAUUACAGUGAUUUUUCCCCUUAUUAAAUCAAUUCCUUUUUUUUAAUAACGAAAACUAAUAAUUUCCAAAAAGAUGAUACGUAACUAUGAAAGAGUAAGAUAUGCUGAAAAACCAGUUGUUGUUUUCGAUAUUGGCAAUGCUUAUACAAAAUUUGGAUUCGCGGGAGAACCAAGUCCUCGAGGAAUUGUAAAAUCAGAGGUUAAGUGUCCAGAGGCGAAAGAAAUACGAAGAAUUUUCAGUUAUAAAGACUCUGAAGAUUUAUAUCAACUUCUUGUGGAAUUUUUACAAAAUUUGUUUUUCAAACAAAUAGUAAUUAGUCCAAAAGAUGUGAAAGUUGUAGUAUUGGAAUCACUUUUAACAACAACACAAUUUCGUGAUACUCUCGCUAAAGUUUUCUUUCGUCACUUUGAAAUUGGUUCAUUAAUGAUUUUAUCGUCACAUCUUGUCAGUAUCAGUACUUUAGGUACUGAAACUGCACUAGUUCUCGAUGUUGGUUACGAGGAGGCGAUUUUAAUUCCCAUUUUUGAGGGCAUACCCGUCUUAAAAGCCUGGCAGGCACUUCCUCUUGCCAGUCGAGCUGUUCAUGAUUGUAUCAGAAAAGAAAUGAAGGACACUAUUCCGGAUUUAGAAUUAUCAGAGAGAAUAAUAGAAGACAUUAAAGUGAGAACAUGUUUUAUUACAACGAGGGAAAGAUCAGUGAAAUUAAAUGAUGAAAAUGAAUUAUCACCACCGCCAGCUGUUAAAUAUCCGGGUGUACAAAAUUUUGAAAUUCCUGGAUUUGUGAGGGAAAAAGCAUAUGAAGUAUUAUGGGAUCGAGACAAUGAUAAUCUUAGUGUUCCUACAAUGAUUUUGGAUGCUAUUAUAAAAUGUCCAGUCGAUAUGAGACGAGUAUUGGCGGAAAAUAUUCUUCUAGUUGGAGGUACAACAAUGGCCACUGGAUUCGUGAGUCGUCUCAAAAGUGAAUUAUUAUAUUUAGUGAAUAGUAAUCUUUAUUCGGAGAAAUUAAAGGUGAGAACGUUUAAAUUUCAUACGACACCGAGUUUUGCUAAUUAUACAGCCUGGUUGGGUGGUGCUAUCUUUGGUGUUGCCGAUUUACCAUUGAGAUGCAUUAGCAAAGAACAUUAUUUAAAAACAAAUCGAGUUCCUGAUUGGGCUAAUCUCAUGGAUAAUCAAAAAAUACUUACAAAUUGUGGCCUCUAGUUCCUUUUUUUCUUUUCUAAGCUUACAUUAAAAACCCAAAAAUUGUGUAAAAUAAGAUUUUCAGCUUUGAGCAUCUAAUUAAUAAUGACGUGUAUUUAUUAAGCUUGUUAAUUUUUGUAUAAAAUAAAAAAAAAAAAAAAGUAAAAUAUGAA